AAAAAUAAAAUAAAGGCCUUGUUGUAGUUGACAAACAAAACUGGGGCCUCUCUAUCCAAUUUACACGACUUUAAGUCAUUACAUAGGCGUCAAUUAUAUUUUGUCGGAUCUGACUUGGGUUAAAACCCGUCUGAACAAUCCGGCUCCUGCCGAAAUCACUUCUCCGAGAGAAAGAGCGAUCAGCGGAAACCAUGGAUUCAAAGAAUCGGCGAAAGAUACUAGAGAAGAAGAAGAAGAUUCAUGACCUUAUAAAAAGAGCUUCUUCCACACUCGAUCCUCUUUCUCCCUUUGAUUCCUUCCGUCGUUACACGAAAAAUGACUUAUCUGUCUACUUGGAAUCUGGCCGUGGAGAUAGACUUUCCUCGUCUCUGAAACAACACAUUCGAAAGCUCUUGAAGAAGAACAUGGAAGGAUUCUACGGGUCUAAUUGGCCACUUCAAGCUAAGGUUAAGCGUACGGAGAUGACUUCUCCAGACGCACGCUAUAUAUUUGUGCGGGAGCUGCGUUAUGGUAGUAAAGCCUAUGAGACGGCGUCUAAGGAAGGGUGUGAUCAGAUUGCUGGAUUCGUGCAUUAUCGGUUUACUUUAGAGGAAGAGGUACCUGUUCUGUAUGUGUAUGAAAUUCAGCUGGAGUCUCGGAUUCAAGGGAAAGGAUUGGGAGAGUUUAUGAUGCAGUUGAUUGAGCUUAUUGCCUCCAAGAAUAAGAUGAGUGCUAUCGUGCUGACUGUUCAAACAUCCAAUGCAUUGGCAAUGACUUUCUACAUGAGCAAGCUAGGAUACAGAAUAUCAAGCAUUUCACCAUCGAAAGCUAAUCUUCCGAAUUUCUUGGCGAAGUAUGAGAUACUUUGCAAAACAUUUGAUUCUGAAGCUAAAUCUGUAUUGGAGAAGAAUGACGGAGAACCAACCAGAGAUUGCGUUUCAACCGUGGAAUAGCUCAUAGUUUUACUGUACAACAAUAAAACAAGACACAGUUGAAGACUUUUGUUCCUCCGAUGGCAGUUCAGUUCAUACUUCACACCAAGAGACUGAGAAACUCGUACUCCAAUCAAUGCUAACAAGCCUGUUGAAGUCAUUUGUGCCUGCCCAACUGAGUCCUUGCAACAAACCAGUAGUUUGCCAUCAACAGAGACUGUUUGGUAAGCUGUGAGUAUUUGUAUGGUUUAUUAACCUUUAGAAGAGAUUGUACAGAUUUCUAAAUUAGGAGUUGGGAGUGAUUUGAGCGAGAAACAAAUCUUGUACUGGGUUUUGAUAUUUUAUGAAUCAGAGAUAUCAAUUUAACAACUUUUCAAUUCAA